AUAUAAAAAGUUAUUAUUAAUAAUGAACAGCAAAAGAAUUAUAAUCUAUAUGACACCCUGUAAAAUUUGCCGCCUAUCAGCUGUUUUUUGUUACUUGUUUAUUCUGUUUUGCUAUGCCAAAAAAAAAACAAUUUCGUUAGCCAGUUCUUUUUAUCUUCGUCGACUACACACGUGCAGUUCUGUGUUUGUUAGUAUUUGACUAAUUGCUUAAAACAAUUAGAAAGUAUUUGAAAAAUGUCUGCAAACGAAGUCGUAACGGAGGGAGUUGAAGCUCUAACGCUGACUAAUGGCAAAGAUGGAGCUGGGGACGAUAUGGUAGCUACUGGAGUUGAAGUUGUGGUGCAAGAUGAUGACAUAGUUAAUCCAUGGAGUGUAACCAGUUCGACUGAUGCUGGUGUCGAUUAUGAUAAACUUAUAAAGCGAUUUGGGUCUAGCAAAAUCGACGAAGAAUUGAUUGCACGUUUCGAAAAGAUAACAGGCAAGCCAGCACAUCAUUUUAUCAAGCGUGGCAUUUUUUUUUCGCAUAGAGAUUUGCACACAAUUCUAACACUUAAAGAACAGGGCAAACCUUUUUAUAUGUAUACGGGACGAGGACCAAGUUCUGAAUCACUACAUUUAGGUCAUUUGAUACCAUUUAUUAUGAGCAAAUGGUUGCAAGAAACAUUCGAUGUUCCUUUAGUUAUUCAAUUAACUGAUGACGAAAAGACUUUGUGGAAAGAUCUGAAAGUGGAGGCCGCUAUAAAAUUAUCGCGCGAAAACGCUAAAGAUAUUAUUGCUAUGGGUUUUGAUCUUGAUAAAACCUUUAUAUUCAAUAAUUUAAAUUUCAUGGGGUGA